CUGUUGGGUGGUCCGAUGAACCGAGACGUCUUUAGCAUCUUAUGGUUACAUUUGGCCUUUCGGUGAUUUGUUUUAAUCAAUGAAUGAGGUUUCGUAUUAUAUUAGAUUAACUGAGUGGUUCGUAAGAUGCAAAGUUAAGGGAAAAAAACGAACCAGUGAGAGUAUUUUUAACUACGCGACUUGCCGUAGAUUGUCUGCCAUUAUUGACAUCAUUACAACAUCCUCCUGUCCUGUUUGUAGCAAACACUUCGCUAGCUGGGUACUGCUACUAUGUUCCUGUGCGCAGUGCCCACAAACUACGUCUGGGGGUAGGGUUUCCAUGAUAAAAAACCUAUUUUGUAUUUUAAAAUAGAGUUAUACGUUGUAGAGAAUAGACCGCGCCCAUUCGUAGAGGUAAACAAAGUGGUAUUGAGACAGUAGCCAUCAUCAUCCUACUCGUGUCGUCGCCUGUAAAUGGAAAUAACUAUCGUUUCACAAUGAACUGCCGCUCGGAAGUUCUUGAGGUAACAGUGGAGGCGAGACAGGUGGAAGAAGCUAUGCUGUCUUUGCUGCACACCAUUUUACUGCACCGCAGCACCGGGAAAUUUCACUACAAAAAGGAGGGCACCUACUCCAUCGGUACAGUGGGCACACUCGACAUCGACUGCGACUUCAUAGAUUUCACCUUUGUCAGGGUGUCCUCAGAGGAGCUGGACAGGGUGAUCAGGAAAGCGGUGUCUGAAUUCAAGGAUGCUUUGAACAAUUCUGGCAGCGAUGGCAUGGGACAAAUCUCUCUGGAGUUCUACCAGAAGAAGAAGUCUCGUUGGCCUUUUUCUGACGAGUGUAUUCCCUGGGAGGUGUGGAGCAUCAAGGUCAACGUGGUCAACCUUGCCAAUGAGCAGGAGAGACAGAUCUGCAGGGAGAAAGUCGGUGAGAAGCUGGGUGAGAAGGUGAUCAACGUUGUUGAGGUCAUAAAUCGCCACGAAUACUUACCAAAGAUGCCCACCCAGUCUGAAGUGGACAAUGUUUUUGACACCAGUCUCAAAGAUGUCCAGCCAUACCUUUACAAAAUCACAUACCAGAUCACUGACUCUCUGGGCACCUCUGUAAGCACCACCAUGAGAAGGCUGAUUAAAGACACCCUGGCCCUGUGAGGAAGUUCCAACACAGAGAGAAGAAAAAUAUGGAUGAUUGUUUUUUUUAUCCAACUAUAUCUGAAGUCUUGCCUGACAUUUCUUUUUAAGCUAAAAAAUAUGGUUUGUCAGCUGUACUCCUGCUGUAAUGAAGCAGUGUCAGUGUAAUCACUUUUCUGACAUCUCUGCUGUGGCUCUGAUAUUGCUUGUAUCUCAAGAUUCUUGAUUAUGUAAUGUCUGUUUCAAAGAUAUUUUGGUUUUGCAAACUUUUUCUUUCCAAAUUGUCUUUACCUUCCACCAUCUAGAAAUGCAACUUCAACACAUUAGUGACUAUGUACCAGUUAAAUUCUUUAAAAAUGUGUGUUGAUAGUGUCAAAUCUGUAAAUUAUUGUAAAUUUUUUGACAAUAAAUGUUGUUCAUUGUAACUGAUGUAAUUACAAUCAACCUCUUUCCCUCUUUACCUCUUUCAAACGAGAGACUUGACUGUAUAAGAUAAAAUCUGUUUUUUUUUUUGUGUGUGUGCGCAAAAGAAAUGGAUGAGUUUGGAAACAGAUUUCCUCAUCUAUGUGAAAACUUCCUCUCUGCGCACAAUUUCAUGGAGAGUGUGACCUUACACAUGGGGAGGACAGGAUUUCCAGUUUGCCAUUUUUCCAAAUUAAAGCAAGCACUUCCUAAGUUCACUCCCGAGUUUCCAGCCAGAAAUUGUCACAGUGGCCCACAGCUUGAAAAACAUCCCAUGGUUGGCUCUGGGUUGUCUGCCAACAGGAUGACACGUGUGUGUUUUCACAUUCUAAGUUUCACAUUAAAUUAAUAAACACACUUCGAUUUGCCUCACAAGUCACAUUGAUGAAACUCACAACUGGGUUUUA